CAACUAACUAUUGACGUUUCAUUUUGGGGGCGGGUAGCGAAUCGUCAUUAUUGUAGCGAAUUUCGUAAAAAAUGAGAUAAUUUAACGUUUUACUUUAGUUCGAGUAUAAUAAUAUAAUUGUCAAAACUAAUGUUACUAUCUGCGGUACCGUAGGUCUGAUUCAAAAUGAUUGGGGGCCUAUUCGUGUACAACCACAAGGGCGAAGUCCUGAUCUCGCGGGUGUAUCGCGACGAUAUAGGACGGAAUGCCGUGGACGCGUUCCGUGUGAACGUGAUCCAUGCCCGGCAGCAGGUCCGCUCGCCCGUCACCAACAUCGCCAGGACAUCCUUCUUCCAUAUCAAGCGGGCAAACAUCUGGCUAGCAGCUGUUACCAAGCAGAAUGUGAAUGCUGCCAUGGUGUUUGAGUUCCUUCUUAAGAUCAUAGAUGUGAUGCAGUCUUACUUUGGCAAGAUCUCCGAGGAAAACAUCAAGAACAACUUUGUUCUCAUCUACGAGUUGCUUGAUGAAAUCCUGGACUUUGGCUACCCUCAGAACUCAGACACUGGUGUAUUGAAGACUUUCAUCACUCAGCAAGGCAUUAAGUCUGCCUCUAAAGAGGAGCAAGCACAAAUCACUUCUCAAGUGACAGGCCAGAUAGGAUGGCGUCGAGAAGGCAUCAAGUACAGGCGCAAUGAACUGUUCCUAGACGUGCUCGAAUAUGUCAACCUGCUUAUGUCACCACAAGGUCAAGUGCUGUCAGCCCACGUUGCUGGCAAAGUGGUCAUGAAGUCUUACCUGUCUGGUAUGCCAGAGUGCAAGUUUGGUAUCAACGAUAAGAUUGUCAUGGAGGCUAAAGGGAAAGGCAAUGGCGGUAUAUCAGGCAACACGGACAGCGACCCGGCUCGCUCGGGCAAGCCGGUGGUCGUGAUCGACGACUGCCAGUUCCACCAGUGCGUCAAGCUCAGCAAGUUCGAGACCGAACACUCCAUCUCCUUCAUACCGCCUGACGGAGAAUUCGAGUUGAUGAGAUACCGCACGACCAAGGACAUUUCCUUGCCCUUCCGCGUAAUCCCUCUCGUCCGUGAAGUGGGUCGCACCAAGAUGGAGGUCAAGGUUGUUCUGAAGAGCAACUUCAAGCCAUCCUUGCUUGGCCAGAAGAUCGAAGUGAAGAUCCCCACGCCUCUGAAUACUAGUGGAGUCCAGCUGAUCUGCCUGAAGGGCAAGGCUAAAUACAAGGCUUCCGAGAAUGCAAUUGUUUGGAAGAUCAAACGUAUGGCGGGCAUGAAAGAAACUCAGCUGUCUGCUGAGAUUGAGCUGUUGGAGACGGACACUAAGAAGAAGUGGACUCGGCCACCCAUCUCCAUGGGAUUCGAGGUGCCCUUCGCGCCCUCUGGAUUCAAGGUCCGCUACCUCAAAGUGUUCGAGCCCAAGCUGAACUACUCGGACCACGAUGUGAUCAAAUGGGUGCGCUACAUCGGCCGCUCAGGACUCUACGAGACGAGAUGCUAAACAUACGGGUACAAUGAUCUGCACAGUGUUACGGCAAAUGAAGCAACGGACAUAGUAAUGGCGUGUUACAUAAUAUAUUUUGUAUAUAAUUUCAUAUUACUCACACAGAGAUUCCUUCAAUGAGUUCUAUUUUUUUAUUUUUCAACUAAGUAUAGAAUAUUUUUAUGCUCAGAUACCUAUGUAUGCAGGUACAUACGAUGUUUUAAGUAAUUGCAAUAUUUUAUAUUAAAUAUGAGGCUUAUGAAUUAAAAAGACAUUUUAAUUAUAAAAAUUAUAUACCGUUGGUUUUUUUAACAUUUAUCUUGGUAAUCAGACAAUCGGUUGAUGUAUAGAAUAUGUAGCGUUGAUCAGUUGUAUAACUAAUUUAUUGUGUAUUGUGACAUGAAAUGAAGGUAACAAAAUGUUAAGAUAUUAAUUCUAAUAUUCUGUAAACAUAGCUAUAUGUAUUAUCAGCACGAUAUAACUAAAACGAGAUUAUUUAUGUAUCCUCUAUACAGUAAAAUGUUUGUACAUGAUAACUUAUUGAAUCUCAUACAAUUAUCUAAUACUUUUCCGCUUGUAUAUUUCGCCCCGAAACUUUUUUGCGUGUCGAGAUUCUCACUAAUUAAUUCUCACAAUUAAUUUCGGCAUCUACAUGAAGGCAGUAAGACGUCUUCAUAUAAGGCACAGAAUAUUAAUCCACUCGGCUCUAUUAAACCCAUCGAAAAUGAGAACUAUAGUCAAAUAAUAAGAAACAUACAGUAAAUACAGCCGGUACAUACUUUUAAAGUAAAGAAUUUGUUUUGUAUCAUGUAAAAAAAUAUCUUGAAUACGCAAAAAGUUAUUAAUUUAACCAUUCCUCGACAUUUUUAUGCUUUUGUUUAUAACGUAUAUGUAUAUUUAGUAAAUAAUAUAUUAUAUAUUACAUUUAGAAUAUCACUAUAAUAUGAAGUUAUGUAAUAUUAGGUAAUCGAUAGUAUUAAAUGUUAGCGUUAAUGGUUAGGGAUUGUUUGCAGAUUGUUGUGUUGACUGCUAGCAUCAUAAAAGUUAAUUCUGUACGUUUCUUUCAUAAAUAAAUGUGUAUCAUACCGAGCAUCAGGUUUGCGUAGUAUUGAGAAAAUAUUAUAUAAAGAUUCGACCAAUCAAUAUUUUUUUAGUCUUAGGCCUUUCAUCACGAGAUAACUCAAGUCAUCUAAACCAGAAGAUUCAAUAUUCGAUUGGCCAUCCAUGCAAACUAAAAAGUUGAUACAUCGGCACGCCUCUUAACACGAAGUGCUUCGGGUUUCGUUCGGAGAUUUCCGUCGUCUCGUCAACGAAACGCUGUUUAACGGACAUCAGUCCCACAUAAUCUGCACGACUAAACGCAUGUAUUAGAUUCCUCAUUAUUAGACAUUAUGAAUGAACGGCAAGGAUUGGAACAUAGUUAAUAGUUCAGAAGUAUCAAAAUUGUUCAUGUCAGCUUGCGUGCGACGAAACUGUUAUUUAUUAAAAUUUCUUUAAGCUAAAGUCCGGUUUAUAUUAACCAAAAAGUAAGCUUGCUAUUUUGUAUUUUGAUGUUAACAGUGUAAUUUGGCAAUAAGAAUUUAAAUUGACUGAUUUAAAACAUUGUAUAAAGGUUCUUUUUUAUUAUAAUUUAGUGAAUUCGUCUCCAGUGUUUCAGUUUCUCUGCACGCGAGUGUUUAUGCAUGCUGUUAUAGGAAUGCUUAUAAUGUAUCGUGUUACAAAAACAAUGUACAAUAAAUGGUAAAAAAAUA